AUGUCCGACUUCCUCAAGGCAUGUAACGAAAUUUCUGGCGAGAUCAUUAGACUCUACAAGCAAGAGAAGAAGAUAGAUGUGAAUGCAAUCAAGUCCAGGGUGUGCAAGAAGUACAACCUCGGGGCUACUCCGCGUGUGGUGGACAUAAUCUCGUUUAUUCCACCCGAGUAUGGGCAUCUGAUUCAGCAGCUUAGGGUGAAGCCGGUUAGGACUGCAUCUGGGGUUGCUGUUGUUGCAGUGAUGUGCAAGCCCCACAGAUGCCCCCACAUAGCACUAACGGGGAACAUAUGUGUAUACUGCCCUGGAGGCCCCGACUCCGACUUUGAAUAUUCUACACAAUCGUACACGGGAUAUGAGCCGACAAGCAUGAGAGCCAUAAGAAGUAGAUAUGAUCCAUUUGAGCAAGCACGAGAAAGACUCAAGCAACUCAAAAGCCUUGGGCAUAAUGUGGACAAAGUCGAGUACAUAAUAAUGGGGGGAACGUUUAUGUCCCUGCCCGAAUCCUAUAGAGACCACUUUAUCUCAAGGCUGCAUGAUGCCCUGAGCGGGCAUACAUCUGCCUCGGUAGAAGAGGCAGUGAGGGUUGGAGCAGAAGGACGGUUGAAAUGUGUUGGGAUAACAAUAGAGACAAGACCGGAUUUCUGUGUGCGUCCACACCUCAGUAAGAUGCUAAGCUAUGGAUGCACGAGGAUUGAGAUAGGUGUUCAAAGCGUGUAUGAAGAUGUUGCCCUGGAUACCAACAGAGGACACACGGUUGGAAGUGUGUGUGAAUCCUUUGGGCUUUCUAAGGAUGCCGGGUUCAAGAUAGUUGCACAUAUGAUGCCUAACCUUCCAAAUGUUCCUAUGAAGAGGGAUCUUGCACAGUUCCGAGAAUACUUCGAUAACCCUAGGUUCCGGAGUGACGGGCUGAAGAUAUAUCCUACUCUCGUAAUUAAGGGGACAGGACUUUUUGAGUUGUGGAAGAACAACAAAUAUAAGAACUAUUCCCCCGACGAGCUGAUUGAUCUCCUAGCAAGGAUUCUUUCAUUUGUACCUCCAUGGAUGAGAGUCUACAGAGUGCAAAGAGACAUUCCGAUGACAUUGGUAAGCUCUGGGGUGGAACACGGCAACAUAAGAGAACUCGCACUUGCCAGAAUGAAGGACUACAGAACAAGGUGCAGAGAUGUAAGGACUAGAGAGGUUGGAAUCAAGAAUAUUCAUGAAAGUGUCUUACCAGAAGAAGUAGAACUUGUGAGGAGAGAUUAUGUGGCCAACAAGGGUUGGGAGACAUUCCUUAGCUAUGAAGAUGUGAAGCAGGAUAUUUUGAUAGGGCUUUUGAGGCUGCGCAAAUGCAGUGUGGACACGUUUCGAAAGGAGUUGAAGGGCCUAGAUCCACCUUCGGAAACAGGUGGAGAAAGUCCUCGGGGAGGGAAAUACCAUCCUGCUGUGGUUAAUGGAAAUGCAUCCAUGAUAAGAGAACUCCACGUGUACGGGAGUGCGGUGGCCAUAAACAAGAGCGAUGAAAGAAAGUACCAGCACCGGGGAUAUGGCACACUCCUGAUAGCCGAAGCCGAGAGGAUUGCAAGGGACGAGCAUGGAUCAAGCAAGAUCGCAAUUAUCUCGGGAGUAGGGACCAGGAACUACUACUCCAAGUUUGGGUAUGUCCUGGAGGGCCCGUACAUGGUCAAGGACCUAUGCUAA